AUGGAUAUCUUUUUUUGUUCACAUGGUUGUCUAUUAGGCUUACCAAAUACUCGCGGUAUUGACGAAGGUGAGUUUAUAUUGAUGAAGGAUAAACUUUGGAUAAAUAGGGAGAAUCUUCGGUUUCAACUUUCCGAGGUCAUGGCAGCGGUGUCAAGAAAUACCUCAUUACAGACCGAGGAAGUUAACGCUAAAAUGCUUUCUUCAAGAAUUGACAAUCCUGUCAGUAAGUUUAGUGGUUUCUGUCAAGGUUUAGGAAGGAGUGAACAAAUACAAAAUCAAGAUGUAUCCUUUGAGAAAAGUUUCAAGUUACCAUAG